AUUUUACGGUUUUAUGUCGAAAGUGAGGCUGACCGGAAAGAAAGCCACAGUUUUUGGAAAGCGAAGCGAGCGAAGGUGACGAGCAUUUUUCUCAUUUCUGGGACCGAGAAAAUAAAAUAUUGCCGGCUUUUUUCUUCAAAGAGAAAGGUACUGCAAUUCAAGUGGUGGAUUGGACGAAGAUGAGCUACGUACGACGCGGGCCUUCUGAAUUAGACUUAGAAGGCAUGGUUUCACUAAAAGUGGACAAUCUUACUUACAGAACAACACCAGAGGAUUUGCGUCGCGCUUUUGAAAAAUAUGGCGACGUAGGAGAUGUGUACAUACCACGAGACCGCUUUACCAGGGAAAGCCGAGGAUUCGCUUUUGUACGCUAUCAUGAUAAACGAGAUGCUGACGAUGCAAUGGAUGCUAUGGACGGUGCUAUGAUGGAUGGACGCGAACUACGUGUCCAAAUGGCUAGAUAUGGUAGACCGGCUGACCCAUAUCGGAGAGGUCCCCCACCUCGCCGUUUUGGCGGUGGUGGUUAUAGCUCAUAUCGAUCGAGAAGACGAUCAUAUACGAGAUCACGAUCGAGGUCGCGGUCUCGUUCAUCACGCCGGCGAAGAAGAUCGUAUUCAAGAUCACGAAGUCGCAGUAGAAGUCGUUCCUAUAAAAGUAGAUCAAGAUCUCGAUCGGCGUCAUAUUCCAGAUCGAGCCGCAGCAAACAUUACAGUCGUAGUCCAUCUCCAUCAAGUAAAGGAAAGAAGCGGAGCAGUGCAAGUAGUCGAAGAAGCACGAGGAGUCGGAGCGCCAGCCGGGAGAGGAAGAGCCAUUCUCGCAGCCGCAGCCCCGUCAGUCCAAGACGAAGUCCUGAUCGAUGCAGUGAAGGUCGCGACGGAAGCGAAAGUGGUGCUGGUGCCAAUGCUGGUGGCGGCGGCGGAGGCAGUUCUGGCAGUGUACCACGAGAAAAUUCCAAAUCCAGAAGCAGAAGUCGAACCCCUCACAGCCGGAGCUGUUCUCCAGAAGCAUUGUCAGACCGCGGCAGUAACGACCAUAACGAUCUCGAGCAGCAGGUGGAGGAGGAAGACUGAAAUGUUUGUAAUUUGGAGACAAAAAUCACAAGAAAAAAAAAAAAAACACAGAAAAGAAAGAAAAUACAACCACAGCAGAAGAACACUGAUAUCUUGGCAGCAGGUGAGAUGAAUGGGUUAAAAUUUAUUGUAGUGGUUGACUGAAAAUGAUUUUAAAAAAGAAAAAAAAAGAAAAGAAAAGGCUUAAACAAUUUUUUCAUUCAUCA